AUCAUUUACUCUUCUUCUUCUACGUGCAAACAACAAAUUAAAUCGUUUUAAAUAACUACAGAAAAAUACUAUUUCAUUAAAAUUAAAAUUAAUAUUUGAAACUAUUCAAUAUGCUCGAGGGCUGGUACUGUCGCUCUUUGGCCAAUGAAACAACCACAGCCCAUAAAACCGAACGACAGCAUUUGGAAAGCGAUGAUGACCACCUACAAACCAAACAAUCGGCGACAGUUCCUGGAGCAGCUGGUCCCGUUGGUCUAGCUGAAUCCAGCUCAGCAUCGACUGGCACAGAGCAUCCGAGCAUUGACUAUAAAGAGCGCUAUCGCAACCUGAAGCGCAAACUAAAAUUUCUCAUCUAUGAGAAUGAGUAUUUCCAGGACCUGCUGCAUACCAACCAACGACGCUUGCUGAAAGUAUCGCGUGAUCGAUCGUUUCUCAUCGAUCGCCUCUUGCUGUAUGAGAAACCAGCCAAGGACUCAAGUGACAGUGAUGCCACCGAUAGCUCCAAUUCCGAUGCGGAACCAAUACCCCCAACGCAAUCCGCUCUCGAUGUGACCAAGGAAUCUGUUGCAAUGCGUCGCAAGCAUAAGGAUAAGAUAGCCGGUGCAAAGGUGAUUGUACCUCCAGCUACAGCACAUGCCGGGCCAGUUGCCGUAGGUGGAGCAACACGCGGACGCAGGCGCAAAAAUGUGGCCAACACACCGCAACAGCCGGGCAAGAAACCAAUAAUGGCGAUGGCCACAGCAACGGUGUCACCUUCCGUGCAGCAGCAGCAGCAUCAACAACAACAUCAACUGGGCGCUAAGAAUGCCUGUAGCUCUGGUUCCGUCACGAUGAGCACAGCGGAAAUUACGCGUCAAUUGCAGGAGCGUCGUCCCACACCUAUUGAACUGAUGAGCCCGGAAUGCGCCUCCGCCACAGUUCCCGUUACGAUGCUCAGCGACGAGAGCCCAUCCAAAAUCUAUCCCAAUGAGAGCCUGCAGCAUCUCAUGGAGGAUGACUCGCCGUCUCAUGUGGCCGCCGAGGAAUGUGUGCCCAUGGUGUACACAAAUUAAAGAUUACAUUCUAACUAAUUAUCUAAAUAUAAAUAUAAAUUCAGUCUUUACUCCUUUGCAUUGAUAAUAAAAGUAAUAAAAGCAACUUGUUCGCCGCGCACCAUCAA